AAAAUCUACGCCUGGUUGAAAACCCUCCCUCCUGUCCUCUGAAGUUUGAGGACAACUUACCAUGGGAUUUGUUAUAUAACCUACACCCUUGGCGGGGGAGACCCCUAAACGAGGAUCACCCCUCUUGGUCUGGGACAGACCAGCAGCUUUUUUCCUCUGGUACGUGCCGUAGCUACUGAGCCAGUUUUAAAGGAGAGGAUUUAUAGGAAAUCCAGCUGUGAGUUUUCGUUUUUCUCUUAGAGCUAGAGGCGGGGCCAAAACCACCCUCAGACCAGGCACAGCAUUGACCAGGCUAGAAGGAUGUGGAACAGUCUCACUGACAACAGCUAAGCACGGGGGAAAUAUUAGCUGGCAGAGAUAACCAAGAGGAAACACUCAGCGACAGAUGCACCAUCUGUCAGUUUCAGAGACGCGAUUUUCAAGAAAGCAGAAAAUGAAAUGAAGACAAGAAUGGUUUUGUUUCAAAGGUACAGCACAGCUUAAGGACGUUUUUAAACAAAGUAAGUUUGUAUUCCAUUGAAGAGGCCCUGGCAUGGAAAUUGAGGCAAAGGAAGCAUGCGACUGGCUCCGUGCUGCCGGGUUCCCGCAGUAUGCUCAGUUGUACGAGGACUCACAGUUUCCCAUCAACAUUGUGGCUGUCAAGAACGAUCAUGAUUUUCUUGAAAAGGACCUUGUAGAACCUCUUUACAGACGACUAAAUACGCUGAACAAGUGUGCCUCAAUGAAACUUGAUGUGAACUUCCAAAGGAGAAAGGGUGACGACUCGGAUGAAGAGGACCUGUGCCUCAGCAACAAAUGGACUUUCCAAAGAACCAGCCGCCGCUGGUCUCGCGUCGACGACCUCCACGCGCUGUUUCCCGGAGGAGACAGGGACGGGUCGUCGGGAGACGUUAGGAUGCGAAACACCACCAGCAGUGAGAGCGUCCUCACGGAUCUGAGCGAGCCCGAGGUCUGCUCCAUCCACAGCGAAAGCAGCGGCGGGAGCGACGGCCGCGGGCAGACAGGCGGCCCGGGCACCGGCCGGGAGGCGUUCGAGGGCCCCGGGCAGUUGUGCGCCGACGGCCCGGCCAUGCUGGACGCGGCGCUGGUUGGCAGCGGCCUCCCUCAGCCCCCCAGGGACCUCGACCAGCCCCUCUUCCACCCAAAGAACGAGAAGCCCCCCCGGACCCGAGCCAAGUCGUUCCUGAAACGCAUGGAAACGCUGCGGGGGAAGGGAGUGCAGGGAAGGCACAAGGGCCUGGGGCGGGCGGGCGGCUUGGUGAUCAGUGGGCCAGUGCUGCAGCAGGAGCCCGAGUCCUUCAAGGCCAUGCAGUGCAUCGAGAUUCCAAACGGAGAGCUCCAGACCUUGGGCCCGGCCACCGGCCAGAAAGGGCCUCCGGGCUCCAGCAAGUGGAGCGGUGAGAGCAGCCCGUCGGAAAACAGCAGUAGCGGGGUGAGCACGCCCGGCCUGAAGGAGCGCAGGUGCCAGGAGGCCAACAAGCGCGGGGGCAUGUACCUAGAGGACCUGGACGUGCUGGUGGGGACAGCACUGCGGGCCGCAGGGGACCAGAACCAUGCCCAUGAGUUUCACUCCCAAGAGAACCUGGUGGUGCAUGUUCCCAAGGACCACAAACCGGGCACCUUCCCCAAGGCGCUCUCCAUCGAAAGCCUGUCGCCGACAGACAGCGGCGGCGCCGUCAACUGGAGGACCGGAAGCAUCUCCCUGGGCAGGCAGCCGGGCCCUGGGGCCAGGGAGCCCAGGCUGGGGGCGGCCUGCCACAGAGCAAGUCGAGUCAGCGUCUACGACAACGUCCCCAGCUCCCACCUGUACGCCAGCACCGGCGACCUUCUGGAGCUGGAGAAGGACCAUCUCUUCCCUCACUUGGACGACAUCCUGCAUCACGUCAACGGGCUCCAGGAGGUCGUGGAUGACUGGUCCAAAACCCUGUUACCUGAUCCGGAGGCACACAACGCCCUGGCCGGAGAAGCUGGCUUCGGCCCCUUCCCGGCUCCUAAUCAGAUCACCUUGGAUUUCGAAGGCAAUUCUGUCUCUGAAGGUCGGACGACACCCAGUGAUGUGGAAAGAGAUGCCACAUCGCUUAGCGAGUCGGAGGCCGCUGGGGUCAGAGAGAGGAGGGAUUCCGGGGUAGGGGCCUCCCUGACCAGGCCCAGCAGGCGACUCCGGUGGAACAGCUUCCAGCUCUCGCACCAGCCCCAGCCGUCCACGGCGUCGCCCCACGUCAGCAGCCAGACGGCCGGCCAGCUGAACCUGCUGCAGCGCCUCUCGCUGCUCCGCCUCACGGCCAUCAUGGAGAAGCACUCCCUGUCCAACAAGCACGGCUGGACGUGCCUCUCCCCGCAGUGUGUGCCACGCGGCGUGCAUGACCUGGUUUCUGUGAAUUCUAGGGCAGUUCCAAAGUUCAUGAAGAGGAUGAAAGUUCCCGAUUACAAAGACAAGACUGUCUUUGGCGUUCCUCUCAUCGUCCACGUCCAGAGAACGGGGCAGCCCCUGCCGCAGAGUAUCCAGCAAGCCCUGAGGUAUCUGCGCAGCAACUGCCUCGAUCAGGUGGGUCUUUUUCGAAAGUCAGGCGUGAAGUCGCGGAUCCACGCCCUGCGGCAAAUGAACGAGAGCUUCCCUGAGAAUGUCAGCUACGAGGACCAGUCGGCUUACGACGUGGCGGACAUGGUGAAGCAGUUCUUCCGCGACCUGCCCGAGCCCCUGCUCAGCAGCAAGCUCAGCGAGACCUUCCUGCACAUCUACCAGUAUGUCCCCAAGGAGCAACAGCUGCAGGCAGCGCAGGCCGCCGUCCUGCUGCUGGCCGACGAGAACAGGGAGGUGCUCCAGACGCUGCUGUGCUUCCUCAAGGACGUGGUGGACCUGGUGGAGGAGAACCAGAUGACGCCCAUGAACCUGGCGGUGUGUCUGGCCCCCUCCCUCUUCCAUCUGAACUUACUGAAGAAAGAAAGCUCCCCCAGAGUCAUCCAGAAGAAAUAUGCCACCGGGAAGCCGGACCAGAAGGACCUCAGUGAGAAUCUGGCCGCAGCUCAGGGGCUGGCCCACAUGAUCGUGGAAUGCAACAGGCUUUUCGAGGUCCCGCUGGAGAUGGUGGCCCAGUCUCACAACUCAUACGCAGAGGCUGAGAUCCACCCUCCGACUCUGGAAGACCUGGGGACCCAGCUGGAGGAGAGUGGGGCCACUUUCCGCACGUACCUGGAGCAUCUCAUCCAGGGCCUCCAGAGGGAGGCCAAGGAGAAGUUCAAAGGAUGGGUCACAUGUUCCAGCGCAGACAACACAGACCUUGCCUUCAAAAAGGUGGGAGACAGGCACCCGCUGCGGCUGUGGAAGGCGUCCGUGGAGGUGGAAGCGCCCCCCUCGGUGGUUCUGAAUCGAGUGCUCAGGGAGCGCCACCUGUGGGAUGAGGAUUUUGUGCAGUGGAAGGUGGUGGAGACUCUGGACAAGCAAACCGAAAUCUACCAGUACGUGCUGAACAGCAUGGCGCCCCAUCCUUCCAGAGACUUCGUGGUUCUCAGGACCUGGAGGACAGACCUGCCCAAAGGGAUGUGCACGCUGGUGUCCCUCUCCGUGGAGCACGAGGAGGCCCCGCUCCUGGGCGGCGUGCGGGCCGUGGUGAUGGACUCGCAGUACCUCAUAGAGCCCGGCGGCUCGGGCAAGUCCCGGCUGACCCACAUCUGCAGGGUGGACCUGAGAGGUCACUCCCCAGAAUGGUACAACAAAAGCUUUGGACAUCUGUGUGCGGCGGAAGUUGCCAGGAUUAGAAACUCUUUUCAGCCCCUCAUUGCUGAGGGGCCAGAAACGAAGAUCUGAGUUUUCCCCGGUGAGACACAGACUCAGCGAAGAGGAAGCGAAAGCAAACACUUGUGGGAGAGACCGGGCUCGUGAGCAAGCAAGGGAGAGCGUGAAACGGAGAAGGUGAGUGCCUCAAGACGGAAGCAUGGAGAAGCUGGACGGCUGAAGAUGCGAGAAUUUUGGAGAACUUUCCUAGCCUUCCUGGAGACGGCUAGAUCCCUACUAAUAUAAUAUUUUAAAAAAUCAGAACAUUUAUCUAUGUUACUUAAAAUUAAAUGGAUUAUUCCUUGUGCAUUGCCUAAUUUGCUAUUUAAAGGCUUCUAAGAAGCAUAUUCUUAACUGUAAAUAAAUGUACAGCAUAUGUACAUGUGUGUAUAGCUCUAGCCUUCUGUAUAUAUGUAAAAUAUCAAUUGUAUAUAUUAUUGCCUAUUUUGAAAAGGAACGCGUCUGACUCGGUGAGUCCCUUCCUCACGUGGUUCUUUCCAAGUUGCUCUGGGCCCCCUUCCCCACAGUCCUAUACGCUCUGCAGAAUUUACUGCGAACACCAAAGUGUGAAACUAUUUUUCAGUCUGCCCUGAUGUUCUACCAAAGAUUAGCCAACCAAAGGAAAGUAACCUUAAAUGGUUCUUACAUGUUGUCAGUUUGUCUGUGUUAUUUAAAAACAGAGAGGCGUCUUGGAUAAAAUCGCGGAGAAGACGACUUCGUCCUCUUUAAAGCAAAGACGUGGGUGAGACGUCCUUACCAAAUUGAAGGCUUGAUGGCCCGUUGCCACGGGGCCAGCAGACAGACACAGUUUCAGGGAGAUGUCAGAUGGCCUUGGACCUCUGGAGUCAGCGCGAGCGACUGAAACAGAACCACUACGUCCCUGCUGACUAGAGCUGCAUGUAAGAGCCUCUGCAUGUUCACAGCCAAAGGGAGCCUCUGCGAUUCAUGGCGUUUUCAUCGAUACACUUCAUAGUGUUCUUAAAUGUCGUUCUCUUUGACCAGUGGCCUGUGUGGUCGCAGCUGACUGGCAUUUUCUUCCCAAUGUGUUGCACUGAAUUUAAAGGGAGAUGAUGGCCGUAAGUCCUGGACCAUUAGAGCUGCAGGGAAGUCUAACACUGCAUGUAUGAUGCUUCUUAAUUCAUGAGAUCUGCAGUCGGACACGUUAAGACCAAAACUCUGUUCUUCAAUUCGUUUUUAAAAAUAGGGUUGUUAAUUUCAUGUUUCUUCUAGCCAGUCAGCCACCUAUGCAUUUGACCCAACCUUAUCUAUUAUUGCAUAGACUAAGCAAACUGACUCUCCUUAACUAAUUGCUAAUGGAUUUAAGUUGGUUUUUUAUUGUAAUUCAACAGCCGUAGAGGGCUUUUGCUGUGUUUGAUAUCAGGGAGAGAUCGAUAUCCUAAUUUAGCGAUUGGUGUUGGAGGCAAAAAAAAACUUAAAUGAGUGAUUUCUCCUUUUUUUUUUGUAUUUUAUGCAUUUAUGUCAUGCUUUCUCUUAUCCGUAAUGUGCAGUUCUUUUGAGAAGAAUAAAAGUGCUAUAUAUGGUUCUAUAUGGUACAAGUAAAAUCAUACUAUUUGAAUUAUGACCUAGGAAUUUUUGGCUUCCUUGCCUACCUAAGAAGGUGGUAGCAAACCCAUAAUUUUCUAUUUCGGCGGCAGUGCUCUAUGAGCAAAAUAAAUGCACUUCUGGCAUAUAUCUUCAUUUAACCAUAUAUGCCGGAGUACAUUAAUAUGCACAGAUGAGAUUGGUGGAUUUGAAUCUAGCUUCACGCUGGUCCUACUCCAUAGACGGGGCGCUACGUUUCUGGAAAUAUGACAGGCACACAGGAAGAAUGGUGGUGUGUCGCCUAGAACAGGAAAGCCUUAGCAGCACAUGGGUCACCUGGAGAUCUUGUGACAGUGAGCCUCUGAUUCCGAGUAUGAGAUGGGCCUGAAAUUCUGCAUUCUGAACAGCUUCCAGGCUGUCCAGGCUGCCAGCCCGAAGACCACACUCUGAGAAGCUAGGACCUAGGGGAUACUUAGAAUAAAAACAAACAUGACUGUAUUUCCGACUCCCCUCCUCUUCACAUUACCUGACUUUUUAAUUUUUAUGCACAUGCUAAUCACAUCACUCCUGCAUUAAUAACACAGGGCAUCUUUUUUAAAAAGGGGGAAAAGAUGCAUCGAGCUUGUUUGUCAAAUACUACAGUAUUUUACUCAUUGUUAUCUUGCCAAUGGAAAUGAAAUAUGAUAUUGCCUUUAAAUAUUAUAUUUAUACCUCAUGUAUAUUUUUUACCUCAACUGUUGGUAUCAAUCAAUUGUAAAUAAAUAAUUGCCAAGGCAAAUAAAUUUA